CUCCAAAACGGUUGCAGGCCAUUGCAUCUCAUUAUGGCGCAGCUACAUCACCAUCUCACUAUGGCGCAGCCACAUCAGGUCUACAUCAUUGCAAAGAUUGGAGACAGAUACUGUGGGCUUGUCGCCGCGGUUCAUCCAAGCAUGUACGACGACAGCUAACUUUUGACCAGCUAUCUCGCGGCGCUCAACAUCUUUCAAGACCCAGCAAAUCGAACACUUCUCCGCCAUGAGCUUAAGACCGCCGAAGCGCUUGCCGAAGAAGGUGGUUGGUUUGACAAAAUGGAGCGAAGCGGCCGUGGCGACGAUUAUAAUCCGGUGCCUGUUGGAACAGCCGAUUGUGAUGACUUCUACUCAUCGAAGUUCCCAUUUAUCACAACUUGCGUAUUACUUGGCAUGACUUCAGAGCUGAAAAUUAGUCGGAAUGCCGAAUACUCCUUUAUCCGCGGAGUGUGCAUUUUGGCGAUGGCGAUGAUGGGCGUGAAGAUGAUUUCGUUCCUGAUGACAACAUGAUCAUUGAUAUCACGAAUCCUGCUGCCGUUCGGUAUUGUUUCGUCAAGUUAGGCGAUUCUAACAGCGAAACCCUUGACAAAGAUGGAUAUCGCCAAGCUGCACGCUGGACGAUGGCUCCCAUAACAGCUUCUGA